GCAAUAAUAUUUAUCAAAGCUUGAGCUCGUAAUCAUUCUUACAUGAUCACAGUCUCGCACUUUAGUGAGUUUUAAAAAGAUAUUAUUCUAAAGAAAAAAGCAACUUAUAAUGAGAAAAUUCGCCAAAUACUGGCGUGACUCGGCCAGUUUGCUGAUCCUGGCCCGGGACGGCAAUCGAGUGGCAUCGAAGAGUAACUUCAACUACAAGGUGUUGGUAUUCAAACGAACCGAAAAGACUGCCUUCAUGCCAAAUAGUAUCGUGUUCCCGGGGGGUGCCGUCGACAAGCAGGACGCGAUCCUCAGCUGGACCGACUUCUUUGCCAAGCAGGGCAUUUCGAAGGAAAGGCUAGCGGGACUGACCCAGGUCGGGGGAACACGACCGUUCAUCUUCGAGAACGAUGACCCCAAUACGUUGGACAGGAAUGUAUCGUUACGUAUAACCGCACUGCGGGAAGCGUUUGAAGAGCUGGGAGUCCUUCUGGGGCACAAGCAGAGUGAAGCUGGCUCGAGUGCCAAUGGGUUUAGCAAAGCUGUUGGAGGUUUCGACAUUGACAAGUGGCAGAAACAGGUCCACGAUGGCGAGAAGCAGUUUGUGGAGCUGUGCGAUGAGCUGAAGAUCGUGCCAGAUUUGCUCAACAUGUACGAGUGGUCCGCGUGGCUCACUCCGGCCAUGUUCCGGAAGCGACGCUUCGAAACGGCCUUCUAUCUGGUUGCGCUGGACGAACAGCCGGAGGUGCGCUCGGAACCGCACGAGGUGGCGGAACAUUUCUGGGACACCCCGUCCGGAUUACUCCAAGCUCACCGCGAGGAAAAGCUCUGGCUAGCUCCACCCCAAUACUACGAGCUAAACCGGCUGGUCCACAUGCCCGACAUUGACCAGGUGGUCCAGUUUGCCCGUGAGCGUAACGCCCGUGGCAGCACGCUCAUCUGUCCCGUGCAGUACAAGUGUUCGGAUGCGGCCAUUUUUGUCUUCCCCGGGGAUGAUCUGUACCCACAGGGCUACGAUUACAUCACGGAGCAUGGAGAUUUUGAAAAGUACAAGGACCUGACGGCGGAACAGCUGCGGAAGCAGGCACGGAAUCUGCAUCGGUCGGAACAUACGGGGCUGCACGCGCAAACGUUGUACCAGAGCAUUGAAGCGUUCAAUGGGCAUUUAAGUGUGAAUGGAGACAAUAAGCAUUUGUCGAAGCUGUAGGAUAUGGGUUGAUGACGAAAAUAAG